ACGACAAUAUACGGAUGCAAAGCCCUCGCUGUCAGGUCCUCCCUGUACAUCACUCUGGAACUACCUCUUCUUCUGUUCUACCUUCAGCAAACGAUCCUCCGAGCUACGACUCUAAAUUCACGACGUCAUCAGUGUGUUCCCAUGCCCGGUAUGCACACGACGCUUCUGUAGAUAAGAAGCUGUUGAUCUCUAACACUGAUUUUGUAGGCGAGGGCUUAGUGGAGGCCUCCAGUGAGAAGGAAAGGCAGAACUCCUCACUAGAAUCUCGCGCUUCCUAUGCGACGAGACCAGCUCGAACGUCCUUAACAAGGGUCCGAGGAGUCCGACCGUCAGCUAACAUUGGCUCAAGUGGUAGAACACUUGAGAAUCCUCCAGCUCGGAUGAAAAAUGUGUGGGAGCCUGGAGCUUGGCCCAAUGCAGGGCAGCCACGAGAUGGUGAAGGGGAUGAGAGAUCCGUUAACAAGAGGAAGUCCAGGCGAUCGAUCAGCUCUUGAGGGGCUCACACGCUUGGCAACGGCCUCUAAGGAAAACCGUGGUCGUAAGCUAGGCCAGCGCAAGGUGAGCUUCAAUGAAGAAGGUCAGAACAAGCUUUCUUUUAGAAGGUCACUGCUGGCAGAAGAGCGGCCCACUGGUGCCCAAGCUCGUCGAUCGCCCAUGGAGUAUGUAGGGAAGGUUCCGCGGAACUCUCCUGCCGAACUGUCGCCGAUGGGCUCUUGCCAAGUCUCCCCAAGAUUGGCCUCCCCCGGAGGUUUGCAGACCACAUCUCCAGCAUCUGCACCAUUCCCUGUCCAUCAAGGUCAAGCAUUUAAUCCUGCCAUACCGAUGAUCGCCACUCCAUUUGUCAGCGGGUUGCCUACACUUUACCAGCGUUCGUCAAUACCUGUGGGCAAUGGAGGAUCUAUGAAGCCCAUGCGUUUGGACUAUCAAGGGUACCCUAUUCCUGCUUACAAAGCCGUGCUUCCGGGAAUCUCAAGCCAAUACCUGGACUAUCGGGGAUGCACGGGAGCUCCCUGCUUGGAAUUCCACCAGCUCCAUGCAGCUUGUUUUGGAAAAUUUGCAGGCUGUCCAGUGGCUCAUCUGGUAGAUCAACAAGUCUUCGGAGUUGACCCCUCGGCUCAAUCUCGAGUCCGUCCUGAGGCUUAUUUCCCAAACUAUCGCGGCUAUCCGUCCCUGUCCUACCAGUGUUACCAGGGGUACUCGGCAGCACCAGGGAUGACUCAAUCAGGAACACCAUGUUUUCAAGCACCAUUAGCAGCUUCCAGCACAAAGCCUCAAGCUUACCUAGCUCCUUCCCAGAGAACUUUUCAAGCACUCCCAGAGACCUCUUCCACAAGAAAUCGAGGAGUUACAGGAGCUUCCUCGACGACAAAGCAAGUGCAGUUACCGGCUGUGCCCCCUUCAUACAUUGAUGACCCUACUUUUGCGUCUUCUAAUAGAAGAUCAUCAAUCCAUUCCCGCAAGAAGGGCCAUGAAGAUUUGUCUGCUCCCGACAGUAGGAAUCCAAAGAACCAGAAUCCUCCUCCUAGACCCAACAAAGAUUAUUAUCCCAAUUUGUCCUGCAAGACUGGUAUCCAGCUUGGAGGGAAGCGACUGGUGAAAAGGCCACUCGAAGCCCAAGACUCGAGGGCUACCGCGACCUCCCCUGAUGACACACUCAACGUAAAAGUCAAAACUCCACCAAGCUUGGUCGAAACUGAUGCUAAUAACGUGGAGGUAACAUCUCGAGGGCCUGGUGGUGGGCACAUUUGCACACCGCCCCCAUCACACUCAGAGCUGGAACAGAAAUCAGCAUCUCAAUUCCAUCCAAUCCCAGGUGAUGUAGUGAUUCUUUUCUCGGGCUUACUGGCCAGUGCUGAUCGUGAGGCAACCUUUGUAUACUUUCACCCAAACCAGUCAGCGUCUGAGCCGGAGCCCAGAAAGGGGAACAUGGCUGUGACAGGUGAGAAUGAUCAGAGAGCUAUGUUGAUUCGGUAUGGAGAGUUCGAUCGCAAUGGCAUUUGGACACCAAAUAUUCAGAUCAAGCUUUUUUAUACAGGCAGUGAUGAUAUCUGGAGAUUGGUGACAAAGACUUUCGUCACCAAUCUUCCCUGGCUACACAGAAGCAAGAGAUCUUGUGCUCGCCUUCGCAUGCCAGACCCUCACUUUAAGCCUCGCUCGGGAGACCUCAUCGUAAGAACUGCUAUGCCUAGGAGCGCUGCUCGUGAGUUGGAAGAAGCGCAGGAUCAUCAAGCGGGAGAUGCAGAGUGGGUUCUGAUCUGGUGGGAUCAUAAUCAUCUGGUCAUCACAGAUGAUAUGAUUGUGCGUGCAUACGUUGGGCCUGCCCCCAAAAGGAAUAAUCAGCCUUCUUACUCUCUCCUAGGCCGGGUCGAAAUGUACACCAAAAAAGAUGUGAACUACCUGUUCAUGGGCAGAGAUCAGCACACUUUCUCUGAGUCGACGCUUAACCGUCGGCGAUGUUCCAGUCAAAGGCUUUGCGGGAUGCUUCACACUCAGUUUUGCUGCUCAUGACCGAUGCUUAAUAUGUCGUACAUCUUUCAUCUUUCGUCACGAGAAACAAAGACGCCCCCAACCAGCCCCGACGUGGACAUUUUCUCGCACUCUGUUUUCGCUCUGCAGCGUACUAAGUUUUCAAUGAAGACUCAAAGGAGCUCACGAUGCGUUGCACAAGGCUCUAAGGAUGGCAUCUGAAGCUCAAGCUCGGUGUUCAGAAUCAUAAACAGAUGUGGCGUGACGUAGAGAUCGCGUUCAGGUGUUUCCAGGACGCACUGUGCUCAGCGUCAAGUCAGAUGUUCGGCUCGGUUUCCGCUUUGCAUCGUUGUCCUCAUGACACGCGAACCGGGCAUGGCAGCCGGGUUUCUUUUGUCGCGAGGACUUUCGAAGCUGUGUUCAAGCCUGGGUAUUCAGCUCCUGAAUUUAGAACCCAGGUUCAUACUGAAUGGACCGACGGAGGAAUCGAAAAAGAUGGGCAUUGGGCACGUCUGGUGAACAAAUCUCGUCUUCUCUGGGUAUGAAGCUCGUUAGCUGAUUUUAUGUUCGAGGU